CUGUUCCUCUGGAUCCGCCAGCUGACACCGGAACGAACGUGGACGUGCAAACCAAUCCAAUCCCCAGCUCACGACACGACGUCGACGCCUUCGCAUUGGUGGUCAACACCCCCGUGGACACACGAGGAGUCCCCCCAUUUCGUCUCUCCCGACGCCGCCUCCUGAGGGAUCCACCGCCAUGGGGAUCUCCGGCGGCGGGGCGGGGGCGGGGGCCGGGGCCCUGCUCGUGCUCGUCCUCCUGCUGCUCCCGCCCCCCGCGGCGCCCUUCUCCUUCACGUACAACUUCACCUCGCCCUCGGACACGCCGCCGCCCGGGAUCGCCUUCCAGGGCGACGCCUUCUACAACAAGGCCAUCCGCCUCACCCGCGACGAGCGCCUCGGGCCCAUCACCAGCAGCGCCGGCCGCGCCUUCUACUCCCGCGCCGUCCCGCUCGCCGACCCCGUCACCCGCCGCCCGGCCUCCUUCGCCGCCGCCUUCGCCUUCUCCAUCGCUGCCCCGGACCCGGCCGCCGCCUCGGGCGACGGGAUCGCCUUCUUCCUCUCCCCGUUCCCCUCCGCGCUCCCGGGCGCCUCCGCGGGGGGCCUCCUCGGCCUCUUCAACUCCUCCGCCCCCCGCGCGGGGCGGCUCGUCGCCGUCGAGUUCGACACCUACAAGAACGACUGGGACCCCAGCGGCGACCACGUCGGCGUCGACAUCGGCGGGAUCGUCUCGGCCGCCACCGCCGACUGGCCCACCAGCAUGAAGGACGGCCGCACAGCGCACGCGCGCGUCGCCUACGACGCCGGCGCCAGGAACCUCACCGUCGCGCUCUCCUACGGCGCCGCGCGCCCCAACGCCACGGCCGACGUCCUGCUCUGGUACGCCGUCGAUCUGAGGGACCACCUGCCCGACUCCGUCGCCAUCGGCUUCUCCGCCGCCACGGGCGAGGCCGCGGAGCUGCACCAGGUGCUCUACUGGGAGUUCACCUCCACCGUCAACCCCAAGGAGGAGACGGUGGUCCUGUGGGUGGUGCUAGGACUGUGCGGUUUGCUUAUCGUGCUCGUCGGCGCGGGCGUCGUUUGGUUCGUCAAGCAAUGGAGGAAGACCGGGGAGUUCGACGACGGUGACAUCGUGGUCGACGACGUGAUGGGAGGCGAGUACGACGAGCUCGCGGACGAGUUCGUCGUCGAGAGCGGCCCGAGAAGGUUCCGGUACGCCGAAUUGGCGGCGGCGACGAGGAAUUUCGCCGAGGACCGGAAGCUCGGGCAGGGCGGGUUCGGCGCCGUGUACCGGGGGUUCCUGAAGGAGCUCGGCUUGGAGGUGGCCAUCAAGAGGGUGUCCAAGGGCUCGACGCAGGGGCGCAAGGAGUACGCCGCCGAGGUGCGCAUCAUCAGCCAGCUCCGCCACCGGCACCUCGUCCGCCUCGUCGGCUGGUGCCACGAGCACCACGGCGACUUCCUGCUCGUGUACGAGCUCAUGCCCAACGGCAGCGUCGACCACCACCUCUACGGCAAGGGCGUGCUCCUCACCGGGCCGACGCGCUACGACGUCGCGCUGGGCCUCGCGUCGGCGAUGCUCUACCUCCACGAGGAGUGCGCGCAGUGCAUCGUCCACCGCGACAUCAAGCCGAGCAAUGUCAUGCUGGACGCCACCUUCAGCGCAAAGCUCGGGGACUUCGGCCUCGCCAAGCUCGUCGAGCACGGCAGCCAGCCGUACACCACAGCACUGGCCGGCACGCUGGGCUACUUGGCGCCGGAAUGCGUGAUGACAGGCAAGGCUAGCCGGGAGUCGGACGUGUACAGCUUCGGCGUCGUGGCGCUUGAGAUCGCGUGCGGCCGACGGCCGGCGGAGCUCAACGAGGAGCCAAGCAAGGCGAGGCUGGUGCCAUGGGUGUGGGAGCUGUAUAGCAAGAACGCCCUCCUUGAAGCAGCAGACUGGAGGCUCAAGGGGCAGUUUGAUGAGAAGCAGAUGGAGCGCCUGAUGGUUGUAGGAUUGUGGUGCGCUCACCCUGACUACGCACAUAGGCCAAGCAUCAGGCAGGCCCUGAACGUGCUUAAAUUCGAGGCGCCAUUGCCGUUGCUGCCGCCCAAGAUGCCCGUGCCGACGUACUUCCCGUUGCCUGAUUUGCUUGCUCCGAUUUCCGUUGGAGGCGCAUCGAGCACCGAGGAUCCAGGUAUUAGUGAUUGUGGAUCCUCCGGUCAAGUUUCAUCAGUCAGAGAUAGGCUGCUGGAGCCCUGAUAGUCUCUCUCUGUGUGCUUUUUUAACUGGCUUAGGCCUAAAGGAAUUUGUUCCUCUCAAAAGGAAAGAUUUUUGAGAUUGUUCUGCCACUUGGUGUUUUAAUUACUUUUUUACACACGAGGGAGUGAUUAUAGCAUUUAAAUGUACUGAGGGUGACACGAAGAAAUAAUUACCUCGUGUUCCCUUUCCAUAGGUGAUUGGUGUAUAGCAUCGAAAUGUACUGAGGUUUCCAUUUCCAUAUGAAGUUUGCCAUCAUGUUUCUGUGAUUU